AUGAGUCACUGCAGGAACCUGGAUGAAGCUCGGAACACGGCUUUAAGAUAUAUUCGACUAGAGGAUGACAAAAAGAUGAUACUGGUGGAUAAUGGCAGCUCCGUCAACAUAAUGCAGCUGGAGACACUGAAGAGGAUGAAUGUAUCCCCGAUGGAUAUUACUUCGAAAUCCACUGUGCUUGUUGGGUUAAAUGGAGAAGUCAAGAAUACUGUGGGAGAAAUAAAGUUGCCUGUGUAUGUUGAAGGGGUCAACUCAAUGCAACGCUUCUGUGUCAUGGACUCCUUAUCCUGCUACAAUAUUAUAUUGGGUAGGACAUGGAUCCAUGAUAUGAAAGCUGUGCCAUCUACCUAUGACUAG